AACAGAAUGAGGAAAAAAGAACAAAACAGGAACAAGAGAUGUUUUAUAGUGCGUGUCCUUGUCCUAUAUAUAUAUAUAUAAAACGGUCGGUGUACAAAAGUCAGCUGCUCUGAUAUCACAAACGGUAAUGUCAAAUUGAUGCAAGGAGUUUGACAGCUAGCGUUAACGAAUCUACACCCACAUCCUUUUCGAAAAGCUAGGGAGUUAGCCAUCCGCUACAACGUUAGCACAGACAGCUAGCUGUCGCUGCUGCUGCCGGUUUAGCCAUGAGAUAACCAACGCGAUUUUUACAUUUAACAACCUUUUUAAAUUGAUUUUUUUACGACAAUGCAGCUGUUAUAUCUAUUCCAAAUAUCAGAUUCGUUGUCUGUCUUACACGUUCGGUAGCUGAUGUCGCGUGUAGUUCGAGCAAGGUAAAAAAAAAAAGUUUGUUUUGCAAUAUUGUCUGGAAAACAGCGAGGCUAACUUUGGCUAGCUAGCAGAGAACGAUGAACCCCUUGGUUCUGCGGCUACGUUAGCCUCAGCUAAUGUUAGCUGCUACGGUGGCUAGCUGCUUAGCAAACUUGAGUUUCUUAUACUCCAGUUAAUUUGAGACGACGUCGUUUGAAGAAAGCUUCUGAGUCAACAAAAUAUGGCUUCAGAGGAGGCAUCUUUGCGUGCACUGGAGAGUCUUAUGACAGAGUUCUUUCACAGCUGUACCACCAAUGAGCGCAAGAGAGAAAUAGAGGAGCUGCUGAAUAACUUUGCACAGCAGACCGGAGCAUGGCGCCACUGUUUGUUCUUCCUCUCAAAUACUCGGAAUGAGUAUGUCAUGAUGUACAGCCUCACAGUAUUUGAAAAUCUGGUGAACAAAAUGUGGAUCGGUGUUGCUUCACAAGAUAAGAUGGAGAUUCGUAGCUGUCUACCCAAACUUUUACUUGCUCAGCACAAGUCUGUGCCCUAUUUCAUUCGUAAUAAACUAUGUAAAGUCAUCGUAGACAUUGGUCGCCAGGAUUGGCCAAUGUUCUACCAUGAUUUCUUCGCAAGCACCCUUCAGUUGAUCCAGUCUCCAGCCCUUGCACCCUUGGGUUUGGUGAUGUUAAAAACAACAUCAGAAGAGCUUGCUUGUCCUCGAGAAGACCUGAGUGUUGCCAGAAAAGAAGAGCUGCGAAAACUCCUGCUGGAGCAGGUGCCCACGGUGCUCGGACUGUUAACAGGUAUACUGGAGACAUAUUGGGACAAGCACAGUGUCAUAGCUUCAACCCCACCUCCAUCACCCACUUCAGGGGAAAGUGUGGAAUUGCUGGGCAGUUUGUUUCAGGGCAGCCAGUACUCCAAACUGCUCUGCCAGCCCAUGGCCGCACUGGAUAAUGAGAGUCAGCAGCUGUGUUGUCUUGUCUUGGAGUGUCUGGCUCACUUAUUCAGCUGGAUCCCUCUGUCCACGAGCAUAACACCCACUCUGCUGGCAUCCAUUUUCCAUUUUGCUCGUUUUGGAUGUGACCUUCCAGUCAAGGCCAAGACGGGAUCCUUCAUCUCCUCCUCCAACUCCUCAUCUUCUAAUGGCCAGCUGAACCCUGGGACUGUGCCACCGAUAUCAAAUGGAGGAGGGCGAAACUUGCACCACAGUGAAGCAAACAAAAUCGAUAGAGCCCGCCUUGGUGUUCUUGCCAUGACCUGUGUCAAUGAACUGGUGUCAAAGAACUGUGUGCCAUUGGAUUUUGAGGAAUACCUGCUGCGGAUGUUCCAGCAGACUUUCUUUCUUCUGCAGAGACUGACGCGAGAGAAUAAUGCACAUACAGUCAAGAGCCGCCUGCAGGAACUUGAUGAGUGUUACUUGGAAAAGUUCACAGAUUUUCUGCGCCUCUUUGUCAGUGUCCAUUUGAGGCGGAUUGAAGCCAGUCCUCAGUUUCCCCUUGUAGAAUUUCUUGCCUUCCUUUUCAAGUACACAUUCAAUCAGCCUACUCAUGAAGGUUACUUUGCCUGUUUGGAUAUAUGGAGCGUCUUUUUAGACUUUCUAACGACCAAAAUCAAAAGCAGACUGGCUGACAGAGACCGUGUUCUGAAUAGGUACAAAGAUGCCUUAGUUCUUCUGUUAAGGGAAGUUCUUAAUCGCAUACAAUUCAGGUACAAUCAGGCCCAGUUAGAAGAGCUGGAUGAUGAAACUCUGGAUGAUGAUCAACAGACGGAAUGGCAAAGGUAUCUGCGUCAGAGUCUGGAGGUUGUUGCCAAGGUGAUGGAGCUGCUACCCUCCCAUGCAUUCACUACUUUGUUUCCAGUUCUUCAGGAAAAUUUGGAUGUUUAUCUGGGUUUGCAGCAGUUCAUUAUUACCACAGGCACAAGUCGACGGCUUAACAUUACUGCAGAGAAUGACUGCCGUCGACUACACUGUUCUCUGAGGGACCUCAGCUCCCUCCUUCAGGCGGUGGGCCGCCUGACUGAGUAUUUUAUUGGAGAUGUUUUUGCUGCUCGAUUUAAUGAUGCUCUGGCAGUUGCAGAAAGGUUGGUGGAAGUUACAUGUUAUGGCUCUCAGAUCAGCCUUUACGACCUGGAGACUGCUGUUCCAUCUGUGCUCAAGCCAGACCUCAUUGAUGCACAUGCCCAAGCGCUUGCUGCUUUGCAGGCCUACUCUCACUGGCUCGCACAGUUCUACAGUGAAGUCCACAGUCAAAACCAGAGCCAGUUCAUCGGCCUGAUCACUUCUGCCAUUAAUGCUGCCAGUCCACUCAUCACAGCAAAGGUACCUGAGAAGCUGCUGCUCUCGGCGUGCCAUCUGUUAGUGUCCAUAGCCUCCACAGUGCGGCCUGUGUUCUUGGUCACUUUGCCAACGGUUCAAAACAUUUUCAGUCUCAUUACAGAAAACCAAAGCCGUCGACUACCCCAAGAGGCUCACGUGUUAGUGUGUAGGGCUUUGUCCAACAUGUUGUUGCUACCGUGGCCUAACUUACCUGAGAGUGAGCAACAAUGGCAAACACGCUCUAACAACCAUGCCAGCCUCCUGGCAGCACUCACUCGUGAGUACCGUAUGUUAAGGGGCACGGCGAGCAUUCCUCCGCGGCGGCAAGACCUGGACAACAUGAAAGCAAUAAUCCAGCACACCCUGCCUGUGCUCAGGGACAUAGUGGACAGCAUCUCCGGAGAAUCCACCAAAUCUCGUCAGUUCUGUUAUCAGAGUCUUCAGGAGUCCGUUCAAGUGUCUCUUAGCCUUUUCCCAGUAUUUAUUCAUCACCCAGACAUAACGGAUGAGAUGUUGGCGUUCUUCUUGACGCUGUUUCAAGCAUUGCGAGUUCAGAUGGGCGUUCCCUUCACAGGACAGAUCAUCCACACUUUCCUCAGCAUGUUCACUAGGGAACAACUAGCUGCCAGUAUUUUGCAGGAAGGCAGUGCAGGAUGUAAAGUCGUGCAGAAAUUCCUGAAAAUCUUGCAGGUGGUGGUGCAAGAACCUGGUCAGGCUUUCAAGCCCUUCCUGCCCAACAUCCUCUCUCUCUGCAUGGACCAGGUUUACCCCAUUGUGGCAGAAAGAUCUUCUCCAGAUGUUAAGGCAGAGAUGUUUGAUUUGCUGUACCAAAUACUCCACCAAAACUGGAGGUACUUCUUCAAAACUUCAGUCUUGGCAUUUGUUCAAAGAGGAGUUGCUGAAGACUUGAUGGAGAAUGAAGCACAGUUCACAGCUGCCAUGCAAGCUUUUGGGCAGUCUUUCCUGCAGCCAGACAUCCACAUCUUCAAACAGAAUAUCUCCUAUUUGGAGUCACUGAACAGCAAACACAAGCUGUAUCACAGAAAGCUUUUCCGGACAUCUAUGCUGUUCCACUUUAUCAACGUGCUGCUGCAGGUGCUUCUCCACAGAAGUCACGACCUCCUUCAAGAGGAGAUCGCCAUAGCUAUUUACAACAUGGCCUCUGUUGACUUUGACGCCUUCUACUCAGCUUUUAUGCCCGAGUUCCUCAACAGCUGCCAUGGCGUGGAUGGUAACCAGCGCACUGUUCUCGCACGCAACUUCAAACUUGAACAGGAUUUGCCAUCAUUCACUCAAAGUGUCCACCGGCUGGUGAAUGACCUUCGCUACUACAGACUAUGUAAUAGCAGCCUACCCACGGGUACCAUCAAGCUAUAGCAUGGUGACUGAACCACUCCACCCAGCGACUGUGAUCCUCCUGGACUGCGUGCAUUGACCACUAGUCUGAACUCUCCUUUGCGUUCAGCCCGCUCUGCCUCUUCUGGCACAAACAGCACACACCUUUCUUGGUUGAGUAAAUGGAAGUUGAGGACGCUGCUGAUGUCUCUCUUAGACUUUUACUGUAGAAGGUUGGCACAUUGUUUUUUAAUUGGUGCCCCCCUUAUUUGUUGCCAGUUACUUUGGCAGGAAAUGUAAACCUGGUCUGCAAUUGGCUUUUUGCCCAGACCUGGGUCAGUCUGAGCCAGGCCUUCUCUCCCACGCCUCUGUCUGAAAGCUGGGCUGGGACUGAGCACUUUCAACUCAUCUUGAGUUUUUAAAGAAAAAGUCUGCUUUUAUUUGUUUUUGCCUUCAUUUUUUUCAUCUCCAAAGGAGACAAACUCUCAACUUAAAGGUCUUUCACAUCAUUCCAUCCUGAAAAAGACAAAAUAUGCUUGAUUAAUAAAGUGCUUUUUUAUUAAAAGUGG